CCAUUAAAACGCGUUCAACACCUAUAGAGAAGCCAUAUCUUCUCUACCAUUUCACACCAUUAAACAAUCCAUGUCUCUCUUCUUCCUUCUAUUUGCUUUUCUUCUCUUUUCAAGCCCUUCACCAUCUUCACAACAAAACCUAACUUCUUUCUCCUCCUCAGACUUUCCAUGGCGUCUAAACCAGAAUAAGUCCCUUCUUUCUCCCAACUCCACCUUCGCAGCUGGUUUCUGCCCACUACCCAAUUCUCCAAAUCGUUUCAGCUUCUCAAUUUGGUAUAACAAUAAGUUGGCUACCGUUGUUUGGUCAGCUCAUACAAAUGGUUCUCCUGUAUCACUCACCGCAAACGCCUCUCUGGUCAUUGCCCCCACCGGCGAACUCCGCCUCAUCGAUUCUCAGUCGACAUAUCCGUUUCCUGGUGCGCCAAAAUCGAAUUCUACUAAACUUUCCUUAACUGAAGGAGGAAAUCUUGUUUAUGGCGAUUGGCAGAGUUUCAAUUACCCAACCGAUACGUUCUUGCCGAAUCAAAUCAUAAACGGAACUAAUCUUGUCUCCAAUAAUGGUAAGUUCAGCUUUUCGAAAUCCAUAUCUCUGGUUUUCAAUAAUACUGAAACAUAUUACACGGCGUCUAGCGGCUUUAUACAGCUAAGGACAGAUGGUAGCGUUGGUCAAGCAAGCGGAGCUUCAAUCAUUUCUGCUGAUUUUUCUACUAACAGUACGGAAGCCCGGUUGCGAAGACUAACUCUUGACAACGAUGGCGUUUUGAGACUGUACAGUUAUGAUCCAUAUCGGGUUCAGUGGGUUGUUGUUUGGCAAGCAAUUCAAGAACUGUGUAAAGUUCAUGGAGUUUGCGGGCCUAAUGCAAUAUGCAUGAACGAUGGAUCAGAUACUACUUCUUGUGUUUGCCCGCCAGGAUUUAGGCAAAGCUCUACUAACAAAGAUUCUUGUGAAAGAAAAAUUGCUAUUAAUCCGACCACAAAACCCAGAUAUCUUCGUCUUGAUUAUGUCAAUUUCACUGGCGGGUCAGAUCAGAGCAAUUUGAACGUUAGAAAUUUUUCUUCUUGUGAAUCAAGUUGCUCGAACAAACCCAAUUGUCUCGGUUUUAUGUUCAAAUAUGAUGGGCAAGGCUAUUGUGUUCUUCAACUUGAUCGAUUGCUAUAUGGGUAUUGGUCUCCAGGAACUGAAACCGCCAUGUUCUUGCGUGUGGACAGCUCUGAAAGAGAUAAAUCUAAUUUCACCGGUAUGACUAGUGUGCUGGAAACUACAUGUCCUGUUAAAAUCAGCCUUCCUUUACCGCCUGAAGAGUCAAAUACUACAACAAGGAAUAUUGCUAUAAUUUGUACGUUAUUUGCCGCGGAAUUGAUUUCUGGGGUUUUGUUCUUUUGGGCAUUUUUGAGAAAGUAUAUCAAGUACAGAGACAUGGCUAGGACUUUAGGCCUAGAAUUCCUUCCCGCCGGUGGGCCUAAACGGUUCACUUAUGCAGAGCUCAAAGCAGCAACUAAUGAUUUCUCUAAUGCUAAUGCUAUUGGGAGAGGUGGAUUUGGUGAUGUUUAUAGAGGGGAACUGACCGAUAAGCGAAUUGUUGCAGUCAAGUGCUUGAAACAUGUUACUGGUGGUGAUGGUGAGUUUUGGGCAGAGGUUACUAUUAUUGCCAGAAUGCAUCAUCUCAAUUUAGUUAGAUUAUGGGGUUUUUGUGCUGAGAAAGGACAGAGGAUUUUAGUUUAUGAGUAUGUGCCUAAUGGUUCUCUCGACAAGUAUCUUUUCCCUGCGGGUCAAAUCACAUCUUCAGGGUCUGAGGUAGAGUUGGGUCCGAUGGCGAUUGAUGGCCGAAAACCGAUUCUUGACUGGGGAAUCCGGUACCGGAUUGCUCUAGGUGUGGCAAGAGCAAUCGCAUAUUUACACGAAGAGUGUUUGGAGUGGGUAUUGCAUUGCGAUAUCAAACCCGAAAAUAUUCUUUUGGGUGAUGAUUUUUGCCCGAAAAUAUCAGAUUUUGGAUUAGCCAAGUUGAGGAAGAAGGAAGAUAUGGUAAGUAUGUCUCGCAUUCGGGGUACUCGUGGAUAUAUGGCACCCGAAUGGGUCAAAAGCGAUCCGAUUACUCCUAAAGCAGAUGUUUACAGUUUUGGAAUGGUGUUGUUAGAAAUUGUGACUGGUUCUAGGAACUUUGAAAUGCAAGGCUCUUUGAUGGAUAGUGAGGAUUGGUAUUUUCCUAGGUGGGCAUUUGAUAAGGUAUUUAAGGAAUUGAAGGUUGAUGACAUUUUGGACCGUAAGAUUAAGCAUUGCUAUGAUGCUAGGCUGCAUUUUGAUAUGGUGGAUCGGAUGGUGAAGACGGCAAUGUGGUGCCUUCAAGAUAGGCCGGAAGCGCGGCCAUCAAUGGGGAAGGUUGCUAAGAUGCUGGAAGGGACGGUGGAGAUCACUGAACCAAAGAAGCCUACCAUCUUCUUCUUAGGAGAUGCAUAAAUAAUUGGUCUAAGCUAUGAGUUUCUUAGUGUUGUUUUUGUAUUUUUUUUUUUUUUUUUUUUUUUAAUACGAGUGUUGUUUUUGUUUUUGAUGCAUUUAAUCUUUGUUUUAGAAUUGUGUAUAUUGUAUUCUCUUGUAAUGCUCUUUCUUUCUUUCUUUCCUUUUUUUUUUUUCUUAAACCGGUAUUUACUUAAUGUUAUUUUUUGUUUUAGGUAUAAGCUAUAAGUUUCUUAAUGUUAGCCUUUGCAGUUCAUUGAAAUAUGUAAAUAAGAAUUUUUAUUUCUAAA